GGAGGCAUGCGCUGGUGUCUGUUCCUGGUCUGGGCCCACGGGCUGAGGCAGGCUGCCUCCCUCACCUCAGAAUCUGUGGAAGGCACAGUAGUAACCCAGGGGAACAUUCUGGCGAAGCAAGGUGGCUCGGUCAUCUUACAGUGUCAUCUUUCCUCCACCACGGCCAAUGUGACCCAGCUCAACUGGGAGCAUCAAGACCAGCUCUUGGCCAUUCAUCACCCACACUUCGGGUGGUACGUCAGCCCUGUGUUCAGGGAGCGGGUGUCCCCAGGCUCUGGGGCAGGCCUCAUUUUCCACUCGCUAACCACGAAUGACACAGGGGAGUACUUCUGCAUCUACUACACCUACCCGGACGGCAUUUACAGGGGGAGAAUCUUCCUGGAGGUCCGAGGAAGCCCAGCGGCGAACACCAGUACCUGGUUCCAGAUUUUAUUGCUUGGAGCUGUGGCCACAGCACUGGGGAUUAUCUGCGCCACAAUCUUCACGCUGGUGGCCCUGGCCAGAAAGAAGAAAUUGCUCAGAAGCCAUCCUGUGGAAAGCAGCCUCAGAAGGGUGCCCCCUGAACAGCAGGAAAGGAGCUCCAGCCUUCCCUGGUCCCCAGGAAGCUGUGUCCAGGCAGAAGCUGCCCCUGCUGGCCUCUGCGGAGAACAGAAGGUAGAUGACUGCGCAGAGCUGCACGAGUACUUUAAUGUCCUGAGUUACAGAAGCCUGGGGAGCUUCAGCAUCCUUGGGGAGACCGGUUAGCAAUCAGAAGCAUCUUCUGGAGACACACAGCUGUCUUUGUGCUUAGAUGAAAGUAAGCAUUUGUCUUCUCCCUCCAUGCUGUGUGAGAAGUGAAUGAAUGGCAACUUUUUUUGUUCCCUCUCCCCUUGCUUUCCAUUCCCUCAUGGCAGACUUGUGGUGAAUGGCUUGAGUCUUGAGCAGGAGCGCAAACUCAAAACAAAAACAAAAACAAAAACAAGCUUGACCUGACUUUUUAAAUCUGGCAGCUUAAGCAGAUACUCUAACUCCAAGAAAUGCAUUUCCCCCAACAGCAGUGGUUUUGCAGUGGAUGAGAAGGUUAGAAUAACUACAGCCACGGUCCACUCAUCUUACCUUCAUGGUCAGCAACACUCACUCAGGCAGGGAAUUUCAUGGAUGAGGGGGCAGAACCCUCCUCUGUGAAGCAUACAGUGAGAAAUGUACAGUAUGGAUGGAGAGCCAGGUGUGCCUGGGCUGGCAGAAGUCUUUGCAGGAAACUUGUAAGAGCUUGUAAGGGAGCAAUAUCUUUUCCUACAACUGGCUUACA